AUGAGUUCUUUAUUAUCCUCUUAUGAAUCGGACUUCAAGACGACGUUUGAGCAGGCAAUAUCAAGCAUUCAAAUUGCCCCAAAUCAACCCCUACCACAAAGGAACAGUACUCUAAAGGAAAUUGAAGAACAAAAGGAUGAGUUACUUGACCUGGUAGAUCAAAUGGAAAUUGAAAUUAAUACAUCAGUGACAAACCCUAAUGAUCGUGCCAACUAUAAAUCUAAAUUACGUGAUUUUAAGAAAGAUGUACAGGAGAAAAUUAAACAACCCUUACAGAAACUGGUUGAUUUAAAAGAUAGAGAUUUAUUGUUUGGAGAUACUACAUUGGAUGGUGUAGAUGGUGAAGAAGGAAGCUAUGAAAAUGAACAGCAGAGACAGCAGAUGCUAGCGAAUCAUGCAUUGUUGACAAAGUCAGGAGACAAACUAAGAGAUGCAAGCAGAUUAGCUAAUGAAACUGAAGGCAUUGGAUCACAAAUUAUGAAUGAUUUGAGGUCACAAAGAGAAACUCUAGAAAAUUCAAGGCAGACAUUAUUCCAAGCAGAUUCUUAUGUGGACAAAAGUAUAAGAACUUUGAAAAUCAUGAGUACCAGACUAAUUGCCAAUAAGUUCAUAAGUUAUGCCAUUAUUGCAGUAUUGAUACUCUUAAUUCUGUUGGUUUUAUUCUCCAAAUUUAGGUAG